CCGGGGCUCUGCGGGGCCCGGGGAAGGAGGACCCCAAAGCAGAAGAGGACACGAAAGGCAAGGAGGAAAGUUUCUCCAUGGACAGCGAUCUAGACUAUAGCUCAGACGACAACAUCCCCGGUCAGGCGGCUCACAAGGAAGAGGACUCUGGCAACGCGCUGGAGGAAAACCCCCAAAACCCUCCCAAUUCCACCAACACCACGUCCACGGGUAAAAACCGACGGAGGCGAACGGCCUUCACCAGCGAGCAGCUGCCGGAGGCGAAAUGGAAACGGGUCAAGGCCGGCAACGCCAACUCCAAGACAGGAGAACCCUCCCGAAACCCCAAGAUCGUGGUACCCAUCCCAGUGCACGUCAGCAGGUUUGCCAUCAGGAGUCAGCAUCAGCAGCUGGAGCAAGCCCGACCCUGA